AUGAGUGCUGUACUCCGGCCAACUGACGUACUGCAGGGUGACCAGGCGCAAGCCUUGCCGCGACAUGACAAAGAAUCACAAGGUCCUAGCGCUGAUCGAUUCGGGUCUACGCCCUUUUUCCUCUACGUCUUCGUCUCGGUGAUUAUUCUUCUCCACGCUGUUGCGUUCGUUGCAUGGUUUAUUUUCUUCCUGAGAGACCUCGCAACCAACAAAACAGCAUCUAUCAAAACCCCUGGUGUCAAGCGGGUUUCCGACAAGAAGGACCCGUCCGCCUCUGCCUCAGAGCCUUUUACCAAAACAACUAGCGCCGAGGGCGUGCCCAGCACUCUUUACCGAGAUUCUUUGAGACAGCGAAAGCCCAAUCCCUCUCAGAGUUCUGUCGGAUCCAGCUGA